AUGGCAUUUCCGGUGCACGUCCAGGUGAAGCAGGUGCGUGCCCGCGGUGCUCGCAGCGUACAGAUGUCACAGGUGAAGUGUGCAGAGGCUAACAGCUGGACAGAGAGCCAGGUGAUGUCACCAACAGUGGGCGGGGCCUGGGACGAGAACACUCUGCCCAUUGGAGCAGCUCAAGUGUUUAGUCCCGCCCCCAUCUGCCUCAAAGAAUCAUGGGACACAGAGGCAGAGAGGAGGCCCUUCAUCCAGCAGCACUUCCUCCAGGACGAGUGGUCGGAGGAGGCGCCACCUACAGGCCACUGCUGCGGAGAGCGCCUCCUCCUGAAGAUGGCGGUGUCCCUGGGCACCUCUGCGCUCCUCUUCCCCUUCCUGGUGUGGGGGGGGUAUGUCUUCCUGCCCUUCGACGCCCCGCUGAUGCAGGACGCCCCCAUGAGGCUGGUCUACACACUGCGCUGCUCUGUGUUCGCCACGCUCCUCAUUGCUCUGGGGUACGUGGUCCUGGGCGUGUCUCGUCUGCGCUCCAGUGAGGUGCGCCCCCUGGAGGCCUCUGUCUCUAACGACGUCACCGUGCACCGGAACUACGUGUCUGACUCCGCCCACCUGUUCCUGCUCUACUUCCUGCAGCUGGGCGUCAUGGCGACAUACCUGAGCCAGGACCAGCUCAAACUGGUGCCGCUGCUCACCGUGCUCUUCUGCCUCGGACGGCUGGUGUACUGGGUCGCCGCCGCCUUCCAGAGCAGUGUCCGGGCGUUUGGCUUCGGCCUCUGCUUCCUCCCGUCCCUCGUCAUGAUGGCCGCCAACCUCUACUUCCUGGUGACGAUGGAGAUGGGAGCUGGAGAGUUUGUCCCGCUUCAGACAGAGCAGGCCCCGCCACCCGGACGCCAACGCUUCUGGGGCUGA